GUCUAGAAGUUCUGCUGCAUGCACGUCGUGUGGAAGUGGAGCUAAUCAUUUAGUUCUUUGAGUGAUUCGCUUCAGUCGAGUUUCAGUCAGGUUGAUCGGUGUGUAGUUGUAUGAUCUCCCAAGCGGAUUGUACAGGUGUAGAGGACAUAAUUCUCACGACCCUCCAAAAGUUCAAUUUCCGCGCGGACCUUUCCCUUAAAUAACCUAUUAGUUCCGAGUUAUUCGAGUGCUGGCUGCGGCGAAAAAUUGGCGGUGACGAACGUGAAUCGGUACGAAGAAAAAGCUGCGGUUGAGGGCGGAUUCAUCUCAACUUCAAUUUUCUGUGCCAGUGACCGAAUAGCUUGAUUCUCAAGGUCCAUGUGAAGUUUUUUUUUUGCAUAAUCAACUAAUGAAGCAUACUAAUUGCUGAAGCUGUGUGAUUUUUAGCUAUACUGUAAAAGUGAUAAAAAAGGAAACAUUUUAGUGUAGAACUAGAGUGAGUGCAUUUUUCAGCGGUGUAAACCCUUGUAUAACUUCUCUUGAACCAAUUUUUAGUAGCAAACGUUUAAACAAAAAGUAUUCUUGACAUUAACAAGUUGCGUGACUCAUUAAUACCGCAAGUCAAUUCCGGCUUAACACGUCAAUCGUAAACGAUGCUGAUCAAAGAGUUUCGAGUAACUCUACCACUGACGGUUGAAGAGUAUCAAGUGGCACAGCUCUACUCAGUGGCCGAGGUGUCAAAAAACGAAACCGGUGGUGGCGAGGGAAUAGAAGUGUUAAAGAAUGAACCUUUCACCAACUAUCCACUGCUGGGAGGCAAAUAUUCGUCCGGUCAGUACACCUACAAAAUCUAUCAUCUGGCAUCGAAAGUACCAGCAUUUAUCAGACUACUAGCGCCUAAAGGUUCGUUGGAGGUGCACGAGGAAGCAUGGAAUGCAUAUCCCUACUGCCGGACAGUAAUAACCAACCCGAAAUGGAUGAAGGAGAAAAUGAUGUUGAUGGUGGAAACGUUACAUGCCGAGGGAGAUGGAGAAAUGGAAAACGCUCAUGAGCUACCAUCAGAGAAGCUGAAACUGCGCGAAGUUGUGCAUAUUGAUAUUGCUAAUGACCCAGUAACCGCUGCCGACUACAGGGAAAGCGAGGACCCUACCAAAUUUAAAUCCCAGAAAACCGGACGAGGGCCGCUGGUCGGUCCAGAUUGGAAGAAAAAGGUAGAGCCGGUUAUGACCUGCUAUAAGCUGGUCACCUGCGAAUUCAAAUGGUUUGGGCUCCAGUCUAGAAUAGAAAGCUUUAUCCAGAAAUCGGAGCGAAGACUGUUUACGAUUUUCCACCGACAAGUGUUUUGCUGGAUGGACAGCUGGCACGGUCUAACAAUGGAGGAUAUCCGUGAGUUGGAAGAUAAAACCAAAGAAGAGCUGGACAAGCAGCGUCAUGUUGGUGAAGUGCGCGGAAUGCGUGCUGAAACAGAUUAGGCCGCGUAAAUGAGCGCCGAUUAUUUGGUAUUUUGGGACAACAAGACAACACAACACACCAUCCUGGCGGUUUAUUACGGCAUAUGGGAGCAUAAACACUGGAUGAGAGGUAUAGACAUUUAUAUUAAUUGUAAAUUUACCGAGCGAUUUAAUGAGGAAAAAACAACAGUUAUUAAACACAAACAUAAACAGGAAAACAGCUAUACAUAUUCAGAACGAACCGCUACCAAUAAUGUAAGACACACCCAAAUCUAGUGACACAAUUACACAUACAGAUACACCGAAACACCUGUAUUAGAUACCAUUUAGUAAGUCGUCAGUAAAUUGAAGGUUAAUAAAAAAACGGUUAUGUUUGAAAAGAAAACGUACAGUAACAGCAAAUCUAGCACGUAGCGUUUAGAAAAAAAAUGAAUGCAACAUGUUAGGCGUUAGUAUUCUGAAUGGUAAAACAGUAACUGCAAAUAGGAUACGUCAAUCAGCUAAUUACCUAUUUAUGAUGAGAGACAGAGCACUACAUUUUAAGUUGAAUGAGAAUAAUCAUGGUCCAAGGGUCCAUGCUGGAUUUAGUCAAAUUUGUUUUAAACAUGCUAAUACUAAUUUAAUUCAAUCGCGCUAAUGAUAAUGCCCAACGCGUUUUUAUUUUGAUAUUCAGUAGAUGCCCGUUGAACAGACCCUUGCACUAAUUUGAAUUGUGUUUAGUUUCGCUAUGAUUUGUUUUAAAGGCAAUGUAAUAUUUAAAAAAAGCAUAACAACAAUAGUCGUUCGGCAGCACAUCGUGCUCAAAUGCGUGCGCGAGAAAAUAAAAAACAAGGUUUAAACGAGUGUGCGAGCUAUUUUAGUCCAAUCGAUGAUAUUUCAUCGAUCAAGAUGCGUAUGUAGACUCAGUUGUAGUAGGCAAAGUUAACUGAAGCAAAAACAAAGCAAAUCAAUUCUUUCCAUUAAAAUUAAUGCGAUUUAGUGAAGUACAGAAAACUAGACAGCGACAAGCGAUCAAUGGGGAUCCCAGUUGAUCUCGGAAUGUACAAUAAAUCCCCUCUUUUCCGGUAUACUAAUAGACGAAAACUGAAGACAAAACAUGCUAUCCAAAAAAUAAGUUGUUCCGAUAACCUUGGUAAGUGUUAUAUGAAAUUAAAAAUGGAGUUCGAGGAAA